AGCAAGCAAGGAAGAGAGGCUCACAAUGGAAACAAAGAGCUUUUUCGCCGUGGCUGGAAGAAUCCUUAUUGCCUUUGGGAUUCUAAGUUUGAUCUCUGGAAUUAUUGCUUUCUUCCCUGUUUUCUCCUAUAAACCUCAGUUCGUUGGAUGGAGCGUUCGCAUUGCUUCUCCCAUCUGGAAUGGAGCUUUGGCUGUAAUUGCAGGUACGCUGGUUGCUCUGGCUGAAAAGCAAUGGACCCAGAGAUACCUGUGGGAAUUUGGUUUCACCUUCAGCAUCUUCUGUAUCAUCAGCUCUCCAGUCCAAAGUGCCAUUGCUGUUGCAUCCCUCCUUCACGGACCUUAUUGCUACUACUCGUUUGCUGGGAUUUCGGGAACGAACUACCUUGGCCAUGCUAUCCUGUUUCCUUUUCCUUACGGCAAAUUUCCUUCGGUCUGCAAGGACCCUCGGCACUACGAAUGGUACUACGUGGCACUGCAGGUUCUAGAUUUCUGCUUCAGUCUUGUCACGCUCUGUGCCUCUGUGGCCAUUGUGGUCAAACUGACAGCAAGACUGCUCCAGUUUGGACGUUUAAAUGGAGAAAGGGAUGUGCCGUGAUUUGGAACUCCGAGAACACCUUCGACAAAAGUUUUCCUGAUCAUCAUCAUUUUCAGAUCAGUUGUUGAUUGAUUUGCCAUUGAAUGGAUGCAGUCGAAAGCUUUCUUUUUAAAGUAAACUCUU